AUGGACAAGGAAGCUUUCUGUGGAGAGCUUUACGCUUCAGAUAAGGGGAAUGAGGAUGAUUACGAUGAUGGUGUUAUAUCUACGUUACGAAAAUGCCGCCGAAGAGCAGGCAACAACAGUACUGCAGGUCAAGAUACGAGCUUAGAGCAAGCGUCAACUCAGGGAGCUUCCGAAAGAGAGAUUAUGGGAAUGCAACACGCUGAUCAUUCGGUAAAGCCUAAUAAGAAGCUAAAGCUGGCAAGGGAUGGCAAGCAGAAGAAGUCCAAAGAAUCCUUUAAUAUUGCGAAGAGCCAUUCAUCGGUUCUUAACGGCCUUGUACUUUAUUUUAUCCCUAACGAUGACAUAUCACAAGCUAGACGAAUUCCCAUUUCAAGGGUCCUUGAAUUUGGCGCAACCCGCGCGACAAAGUUCGACAGCUCUGUCACACAUAUAGUUGCAGAAAAGCGGCUUAAUUAUGAGGACGUGGUCGAGUAUCUCCAGGUUUCCUCGGUCCCAGAAAAGAUUAUCCUGGUAAAUGAGAAUUAUCCUUCUGAAUGUAUAAUGAACCGAAGAAUAUUGGAUGCUUCCAACCCCCGUUUUCAAAUUAAACGGAGGUUGCUGCUUGAACCGAAGGUUAUACCUCGCGACGAGAAACGACAUGAUUCCACUCUUACAGGCGGCUGUCGAGAUGCUGGCCCUGCAAAGACUGAAGGCAAGCUCGCCGAAGAAGCGCCUCCAGCCCCGCCAGGAUCAGUUCUCAAUUCUUUGGACAAAGAUACAAGUAGCCAGGAUGAUAUGCAAGAAUCUGAGCCAGAUCACUUGGAUAUGGCAAUCAGGCAUGUAAAAGAUAUGGCUGCUCUUCCUCUGGACUCCUCUGAUGAGGAAGAUGACGGAGUUAUCCCAGGAGAAUAUAAAUCAGGCCGCGCUAAUGACUGUCCUGCAUGGCAGAAAUCAUUUACGUGCAUGAAAAGGAUGGACGGUAAAGACCGUGCGGAUAAUCCUAACUUUCGCACAAUCGAGGUUUUGCAACAAAUGCUUAGCUACUAUGAGCGAACUGCUGACCAGUGGCGUUGCCUUGCAUAUAGGCGUGCAAUUGCUGCUCUACGCAGGGAAAAUGAAAGAGUAAUGACAAAAAGCCAGGCCUUAAAGAUAAGGGGAAUAGGUGAACGCUUGGCGGCAAAAAUCGAGGAAAUUGUAUGGACUAACAGGCUCCGGCGACUGGAGCAAGCGAACAUGGAACCAAAAGAUGUCUUACUUUCCCAAUUCCUUAAUAUAUACGGGGUUGGGUAUCAACAAGCUUCUAAAUGGAUCGCGCAGGGGUAUAAAUCCUUGGACGAUUUGAAGAACCGAGCUCACCUAACCACUAACCAAAGAAUUGGGAUUGAACGAUACGAUGACUUUCGGAAACGGAUACCUCGAGAAGAGGUAGAGACACAUGGCGCUAUCGUGCGGGAGGCUGUUUUGACCAUGGAUAAAUCGUAUACCGUUAUUAUCGGGGGCUCGUACAGACGUGGAGCUGCCGAUAGCGGAGACAUCGAUCUCAUUUUAACCAAAGAAGGAGCCCCUUUGCAGGAGAUACAUGAUCAGAUCAUGACCACAAUUGUCCCGCAGCUGUUUGAACGAGGCUUUCUGAAAACAGGCCUGGCAGUGUCCUCGAAGGCGGAUGGGUCAAAGUGGCAUGGUGCUUCGGCGCUCCCUGGAAACCCUGUAUGGCGCCGUAUAGACUUGCUAUUUGUACCUGGGGAUGAACUCGGUGCUGCCUUGAUAUAUUUUACAGGCAACGAUAUAUUCAACCGGAGCCUACGGUUGCUGGCAAGUAAGAAGGGUAUGUGUUUGAACCAGAGAGGUCUCUUCUCUGAUAUCAUGCGAGGACCUGGUAGGGUGAAGCUGAACGCUGGCCAUCUCCUGGAAAGCCGAGACGAAAAGCGGAUCUUCGAGCUACUUGCAGUGCCAUGGCGGCCUCCGGAGCAUCGAGUUUGCUGA